CACUAUCUUUCAUUUGUGACACAAUGACACUUUGGAAAUGAUAAGACAUGUACCACAGAUAUAAACCGGAAUAUUUGUACUAGAGUUGACAAAAAUGGCAGAAGAAAAAUCGGUAGCAAUAAUUGGAUGUGGUUUGGUAGGCCAAAGCUGGGCCAUUGUCUUUUCAACGGCGAAAUUUCAUGUAAGAAUCUUUGACACCCUGCCGGGGAAGCUGUCAGAUGGCAUGGUUUCCAUUCAAAAGAAGAUGGAGGAUCUAGAGGAAAAAGGAUGUUUGCGUGGAACUAUUUCUGCCGCGGAGGCUUUAAAGUUCGUAAAAGCCACGGAUGCCAUUGAACAGUGUGUGUCAGGUGCCUCCUACGUUCAGGAAUGUGUGUUUGAAGAUUUCAACUUAAAGAGAAGUGUGUUUGAAGAAGCAGAAAAGUACGUUUCCAAGGACGCCAUAUUGGCUAGCUCCACCGGAAAUAUAUUCCCUUCUCGACUCUCUGAGGGUAUGAAACUCAAGGACAGAAUUAUCGUCUCGCAUCCGCUUAAUCCACCUCAUCUAGUGCCUCUGGUUGAAAUUAUUUCGGCUCCUUGGACUGACCCAACGGUCGUUGCUGGAGCUCGUACAAUACUAAACGACGCUGGUCAAGUGCCCAUAGUUGCAAAGAAAGAGACCGCAGGGUUCAUCAUAUGCCGCAUACAGCACACGAUUACCGCGGAGUGUUUCAAACUAAUAAGGGAUGACGUAAUAAGUGUUUCGGACUUGGACAAGCUGAUGCCACACGGACUUGGACUAAGAUACGCGUUUCUUGGUGCUCUGGAAACAUCUUACCUAAAUGCCAAUGGUAUGAAGCAUUUUUGUUCUAUGUAUGGGGAACCCCUGUAUGAACUACAGAAGCAGUCAGGGCCCCCGAUCCGACUGGAGGGAGAACCACUUGAGAGGAUUCAGGAAGAACUUGAGCAACAAAUUCCACUAGAUAAAAUCGAAGAACGCAGAGAAUGGCGGGACCAGAAACUUGCAGAACUUUUUAAACUGAAAAAUAAGACCACAAACUGAAAUGAAACGUAUAUAUGUUACUGUAUUUAAGUAAAAACUUCGCUGUAUUACCAGAUCGCAGUAUUACCAGAAUAAAAUUAUCCGAAUA